AUUUUAUGCUUUCCGGUGGUUUAUAGAGAAAUAUCAGUGAAAUAAAAGUGGUAUUUCACUGUUUCAAACAGUGAAACAUAACAGUGAAAAAUAUCGUUAUUUUUCACUGUUUCAGUUAGAUACUGGAACUACUUCCCCAAUAACCCCAUGGUGAGCCUCAAUUGCAAUUUUCAUUCAAGGGAGACUAGUCUACUUGAACCUGAAACACACAUUUACCUCCCUUAAACAUAAUUAUUUCGUCUGCUGCUUAACUCUUUAACAACAAUGGAUGAAUUGGAAAACAAUGAAAUAAAUCUUCUUUUCUCAAAUAUCUUUGACUUUGAUGACUUUUUUAAUGAAAUGAAUGAACAAGAUGAUGACAGCGCUUCAAAAUCACAAGAAAUAACAUCAGCAGCACCAACAGCAGGAGCAGCAACAUCAGCCCCACAUCCACUGGUAACAGCAUCAACACAGGAAGAAAAAGAACAAAACCCAACAUCAACACCAACAAGGAAUUUCAGAUCUGUAAGUGUGGAUAGCUUUCUGCUUGAAAACGAAAAUUUAAAUACAAAAAAGAAAACCGACAAUGACAUCAGACUUUUCAAAACUUUCCUAAAAAGUCACAAAAAUGAGGCAAGAAAUAUUGAAAAUAUACCUCCUCAUGAAUUGAACCCUCUGGUCUGCGAGUUUUUGUUGGGUGUGACUAAAAAAGAUGGAUCAGAGUAUGAACCCACAUCUUUGAGGGCAUUUUUAAGCUCAAUCGACAGGCAUUUAAGGCACAUGAACUACAAGCACUCUUUGAUAAAUGACCCUGAAUUUGCCAAAGUGAGGGAAGUAUUAAAAAGUAAACAAAAAGCUCUGAAAAAAGAAGGUUAUGGAAAUAAACCGCAUCAAGCCCAGGCAUUAACAAAUGAACAUAUUGAAGCUAUGUACGCAGCUAAAACUCUGGGAGAAUCAAGCCCAAGAGCUCUAUUACACUCACUGUGGCUUAUAUGUACAACCCAUUUUGGGAUGAGAACCGGCAAGGAAAUUCACACCCUAUGCUGGGGUGAUGUCAGCCUUGGAAUCGAUUUUGAAACUGGUGAAGAAUUCAUCACCUUCGACACUGAGCGUCAGACAAAAACCCGUACUGGUGAAAAUCCUAGGGAUAUAAGGAAAGUCAAGCCACGGGCAUAUGCAGUUCCCGAACAACCUGACAGAGAUCCGGUGCAUCUCUACAAGCUAUAUGCCGACAAACGCCCUGUUGACAUGAUGACAGAAGACAGCCCCUUCUUCUUAACUCCUGGCAACAAGACACAGCAAUGCUGGUUCAGGAAGUCUGCCAUGGGAAUAAACAAGCUAUACAGCAUAAUGACCGAGAUGAAAACAGAUGCUGGUAUUCAAGAGCCAAGAAUCACCCCAUACAGUGCAAGAAAGCACUUGAUUCAGAAGCUGAAUGACGAGAAUGUUCCUGCUCAUCAAAUAAUACAGAUUUCAGGGCACAGAAAUAUUAACAGCUUAAAUAAUUACAGCAGUUUGAACAAGGAACAGUCAAAAAAUAUUUCAAAAAUACUUUCUCAUUCAAACCAGUCAGUUGAAAAGCACAACCGCACAGCCACUGCCACUGCGUCAGCCACACCUGCAUCAAGUGAUUUUCCGAUGGCCCGAGGAUUUUUUGUCAACUCACAUUUCCAGGGCAAUGUAACAUUUAAUUUUCACAACUCUGAAUCUUACAUGGGCCUUUCCCAAACACAGAACGUAGUCAAUCACCAGAGGCAAUCUCCAUCCCGUACACCGGCGGUAACCGCAGAUUCCCCUGUACAGCGACACUACAAGCGAAUCCGUCUUAUUGCAGAGAGUGACAGUGAUUGAUAUCGAAACCAUUUAGCACAAAAACACUGUUGAAAUAUGUUUGCGUUCCUAGUUUAAUCCAGUUAUGUGUUAUUAAUCCAGCAAGUCGUAAAAGUGUUGUUCAACAUGGCGAGCACUUUCGUAACUUUGAGAUCAGUUGAAUACACAAAUUACUACGCCAGUAUAUGCAACACUAUUAAUUUCAUAAUAAUUUAAAUUAAACUAUUGUUUGUAAUAAUAUUGAAUGUAUAAAGUAUGAAAAAGAUAUAUGUUGAAUAAAACAUUGAUUUUAAUAGUAA